AUGGCUAAACGAUGCUUGAUAGAAACAUGUAAACGUGAAGCCGAAACAUAUUGCUAUCAUUGUUCAAACGAUGUAUGUACUAAACAUUAUUUAGAACAUAAAAAAUGGAUUCAAGAACAGUUACAUCCACUUGUUGAUGAGAUUAACUUCGUAUAUGAUCGUCUUCAUCAUGGUGAUAAAAAUCAAACAAAAUCUAUACCACAAUAUUUAAUCAAUGUAUACAGUCAACUUGAUAAAUGGAAAACUGAUUGUCAUCAUCAUAUUGACAUUGUUUAUCAUCGAGUACAAAGUCAAAUUGAGAACAUUGUAAAAAUUCAUCAACAUGAAGAAACUCAAAAGACGAAUCACAAUUUAGAAUUAUUAGAAAAAUUGCGUCAACAACUAAAAGAAUUAUUAAAAGAAGGAGAUAUGACAUACAGACAACUUGAAACAAUGAAACGACAAUUAGAAGAACUAAAAAAGAAAGAACAAGACCCAAUCAAAUAUCCAGAUAUUCGCAUCAUAACUCAAAAACUCGAUGUGGAAAAAUAUGUCAGUGUCACUAGUGAUGUCAAGCAUUCAAUCGAAAAACAACAACAACAGCCAAGAAGUCCACAAAAACCAUCACCUAAUAAAAAUUUUAUUGUACAUCAUCGAUUUAUUAGAUGGCCUUCUUCUGGGCAAACAAUUGAAAAAUGUCCUAUGUGUUCUGAAAUAUUUCCUUUAUCGAUGACAAUGGCUGAUCGAACUGUACAUAUAAAUGAUCAUUUGCCAGAUUGA